UUCAACAAGCUCAUUAAAUCCUUCCGGUAUUUUAAAAUUUAUUUAAUUUUUGUUGCUAUAUUUAACGGGAAUGCCUCAAUGGUUUUUUAUUAUUAUACUGACAUUCAUUUUAGAAUUUCCAAUUUUUUAUUUAGUUUAAUUAAUUUUUUUUAUUUUAUAGCAAAGGAAUUCAAACCUUAUAAUGAUCAUUUAUCUCACUAUCAGUUUGACGAUCCCUACUUCCAGCAAUUUUUACCUCAAAACAUUACGCCAACUGGAAGCUGUGAUUUUGAUAAAUAUUUUCCAACAUUUUCACACAAUAUAGAUCCUGAGGGAAUAGACUUCCCAGCUUAUGAUGGACGUGUUUUUAAUACAGGUUUUUGGGGUGUUACAAAUGAGAGUGAAAAUAAUAUGAAUCAACCUGAAAAACGAUUUAUUACUGAUUUCGAUCCUGAAGGGAUUAUUUAUAAUAUAUCAAAUCAUUUUAAUGAGUUUGGAUGGCCUGAAGACGAGAAAUUUUUAUCUGAUUAUAAAGUUAGUUAA